AAAAAAAAAAGGGGAAAAAAAAAGGUCGACGACGAUUUGCGUUACAUAGUUUCCCUCGGUUCCUAGUGAUCACAUCACAAUCGAAGAAAUGACAAGCUUCCGAUUCUUGUUCAGCAAUGGCGUCCUUUUGCAAGGCUCCGAAGUUCCUCCUGUCGCCACCUUCCUUGAAACUCAUCCUGGCGCUUAUACCACUACUCGGACCCAUAACAAUGCGUCGAGCAUUCUGUUUUGGGAUAGGCACAUGAAAAGGCUGACUCAAUCGGUAAAAAUUCUAUCAAAUUCGACUCCUCAACUCUUGUCUGAAUCGAACAGAACAGUCAAUAAACUGGUAAUACCGUCGCCGAUUGAUUCUAUUCCUUGGGAACCAGCUAUUCGAACGCUUGUCGAUGAUUCAAUGAGAAAAGUGUUACCGAUAGCAUUAAAUGAUAGAAAUGGGGAAGAAGAAUUGGCAGUUACAGUGCUUGUAAGUGUGGAUUUGGAAAAUUUGGGUGAAAGUGACGGUGUUGUGGAUGUAGAAAGAGUUAAAGAGGCUGUUGGUGUGCACACGCAUGUUGGUAAUUAUGUUCCUCGUGAAUUUGGUGUCCCGGAAAAUGGUGCAAAUCUGGCCGUCGUGGGUCGAGGAAGAGAUGCUGCUGCGGCAAAGUACUCGGAUUGGGUUAGGCGUAGGAAGCCUCUGGAAAAAUUGAGGCCUCCUUCUGUGACUGAGCUUUUGUUGUCAAACGAUGGUGAUCAGAUACUUGAAGGCUGCCUGACUAACUUUUUUGUUGUUUGCCGGAAGAAUAAUAAUGAAGCUAAAGGAACAAGCCUCCUUGAUUCUGCAAGUACACAUUCCUUUGAACUGCAGACAGCUCCCAUUAGCGACGGCGUUCUGACUGGAGUUAUUCGUCAAUUAGUCGUUGAAGCUUGUUUAAGCAUCGGCAUUCCAUUUCGAGAAGUUGCACCUACUUGGUCAAGCAAUGACAUGUGGGAAGAAGCGUUUGUUACAAAUAGCUUGAGAGUCAUGGAGCACGUGAAUACUAUUUGCAUGCCUAACAUAUGGGACUUACUCGAGUCGAAAACAUGGCGUGAGAUAUCAUGGAACAAAAAGUCGUUUAAGGAUGCUCCUGGAAUCAUCACAAGCACAAUCCAGAAAGAGAUAAUGAAGAAAGUUGUUGAGGAAGCAUUCCCGAUUGGUUACUACGUAUAAAAGGUGCUAUAAACAACUCUUUUUAGAUCAAAAUAUGAUGAAUUGUAUGCAUUUUAGUUUAAAUGUAUGAAAUGCUAUGAGUUUUUAGUCAUAUGGUUGUAAAUUGUAAAUAUAAUUAGCAGCAAAUUAAGUGGCAUAUGCAAUGCAUAAACUACUACAUCCA